AUGCAUCUCGUCGUAUUGUUGUUGUUUUUGAUUCUGUCAGGUCAAGCUAGAUGGAUUGCUCAGGAUGGCGACCUUGACAGUAAGAAAAGACACGAGAGAAGCGGAAGAAGUUCGGAGUUACUUGGGCCUAGUACAGACACCACAGAAGUAAAGGAUGUAAAACGAGAAGUCCCAGAAUUCCGCGACGGCUCGGAAACAGAUUUGCACGCGGAAAAAGCGAUUCAUAAAACGGAUGCAGCUAAGAUGUCUGAAGAAAAGACGUCCACAUUAUCGAAAAUUGUGAACGGUGCAAAGAGUCUCAUUGAUGUAGCAGCAAGUGGAGUGAGGAAAAUCACCAACGGCAUCAGAAGCUUAUUUAGAGGAAAUGUGACCAAGGAGGAUGAAAAAGAAACCACAACGAUACGUAUCGUAAUCGAUGGUUCGCUACGCCAAAUUUCGAACGAUAAGAGUUCGGAAAAAUCCGGAUCAUUCGCGGACGCCAGAAACGGCGAUCCUCUCCGUGUUUCCAUGAAAAGAUCGCUUCCUUUGAGACGAAGAAAAGGCUUGAUGGAGGAGGAAACGAAGGAGGUGCACGAAGAGAAUUCAAGUGCCCAGGUGAAGCCAUCAUCCGAAAAAAGUCAGGAAGAAAAAAGCGAAGAGAAGUUGGAAAGGCGAAAACGAUCCGGUGAAAAAUUCCCGGCGCCGUCUGACACGUCAAAAUUAUCCAGUAAGGAAGGCGUACAGAGAAAAUACGUUUACACAUGUUCGAGCCAGCCAGAUAGUGCUCAGCGUUUCCAUAGCAUCACUGCGACUACUCACGGAGUACACCAAGCUCUAAGGCUUACUGAUCUACAGUCCAUCCAUGAACGAUCUGGAGAUCGUCAGGCAUUAACACCGUAUAUACGUGCUUACAUCCCGUAUCUGACAGUAACUGACAGGUCUCUUUUCACCAAAAUGUCAAGGUUACUGACAUUUCUCAUUGGAGCAGUUAUUGUCGUUGGAGCAAAAGGAUGCUCGGCUGGAACGGGAAAUAACGACUAUGAGUGGAUUGAGGAUCCAGUAUUUAACAUGGAUAUAAGUCCGCCCGUAGGCUGGACAUAUUUCCCGGCGAAAAGUAGCGAUAAUUAUCAAAUUUGGUAUUUUGUGGGACAAUCAAAUGACACCUUACUUGCUAAGCAGCGAGCAAAUACUGAAAUUAGAGCAGCGAUGAUGGAUGCGUUGACAGCAGCAAAUAUGCCAUUAUAUGGUGUCGAAGUGACAAGCGAUUACAUGCCUAUCCAGGUUGAAAAUCCCACCACAAAUUUGAGAGGAGUUGGUCCGCUCUACGGGAAAGUCGAAGCAGGAGCGCUGGCGCAGACAUGUAUAGGAGGCACAGCCGAUUUCGUAUUCCAACCGUACACGGUCGCCGUGAAAGUUUCGCUCCGGAACGCGGCAAAUACUCGAUACAAAUGGAAUAUCGCGAAGAACACAUUUAUGCAAAAAUUAUCCUUAGGAUUUAACGCUCGAUUUAAUGGCGAAGUGACUGUGGAUAAAUUUUAA